AUGUCCACUCAGAAUGGAGACACGGAGAUGACGGAAGCAGCGACCACCGCCGGCGCGGAGGUAAAUGGCGCGACUGAGGAGUUCGUCUAUGAGAAGCAGAGGUUGCGAUUGCUGCCAGGCGCUACGGAUACCGCGGCGUCGUUUGCGUUUGAAAAGGAAGAUCACACUCUUGGAAAUGCGCUGCGAUAUAUCAUCAUGAAGAACCCGGAUGUUGAGUUUUGCGGAUACUCGAUUCCUCAUCCUUCAGAACCUUUCAUGAACUUGCGGAUACAAACUUGGGACAACGUCAGCGUUAUGGAAGUGCUCCGUAAAGCGUUCGACGACCUCUCGGAUCUCUGCGAUGUGGUUGAGGAGAAGUUCGUUGCCUCAAGGGAUGAAUACAAAGUGACCAACCCUGACGGCAAGCCCACUCAAUGA